GGCCAGUUCAGAGGUCAAUUUCGCCAAAAUCAAACUCACGACUGUCCGACAGCUACAGGUGAAUCGUACACGUGUACGUGUGGCUCGGCCUGAAGACUUACAAUUACCAUCAAAGCAACAACCAACGUUGAUGACUUACGAGCCAAAACCACUCAACAUCUCGUGAUCUCGCUGACGACUCCUCGCGACUGGGUUGGAAUCUCUCAAGUCUGCUAGCGUCCACACCAGCACGUAUCGCAGACGAUCAGCAGUGGGAGAUAUCGCCUCCACCGAGAGUUCUGGGGCGUGACUUUUGACUACAAAUCCACAAAUAUGUCGCACGCACGAGUGCCGACCAUUGACCCGGACGGUCAGCGAGAGGGGGAUGCGGGUGCCAUACCGCUCUCUUCCCUGCGACCGCCACACGCGCCGGCACGUCAGCCAUCCGAAGAGUCGUUCGGAGGACCACCGCCAGCUCAUUACGCCCAUCCGCACGGCUUCGACAAUCCAAACUACUUUGAGGGCUACGAUGUCGGCAAUCAACCUCGGGAAGAGGAUCUCGCACCCUCGGCUUCGGCUAGUGGGAGCGGAAGCAGCGCAAGUCGCCAGAAUGAGAAACAAGGUUGGGGCAAAUUCGAUACUUAUGUAGGAGGUCGCGAACAUGCCCAUCAGCAUCCCUACAACGAGGGACAUGGCCACACUGAAAAGAGCCACUUUCAAGGCGCCGCCCUUCAAGAGGACGGACUCCCUCACCAUGGAGCAGGCGGUCAUAAUGACGAGUCGUCGGAUGAUGAGACUGACGACUUCAAUUGGAGCUCCGACGAGGACGAUCCGGACACUGUCGUUGAGGCGGAUGGCACCAAGAGAAUUCGCGCCAAGAGAGGUCGCCGGAUCUACAUGUUCCUGAUGAACCUCGCCCGCCCUAUUCGCAUCAUGAUCCUGGGCCUGCUUGGAUCUGCCAUUGCCCUAGUUCCCUUCAUCGUCGUUCUCACGGCAUUCCCCAGAAACGCAGCUCGCCCGCAAGUGGAGGUGUGGAGCAUUUGGGUUGCCAUCAUCUGGGCUGCUGCUUGCGGCACAUUCCUUGUCUUGAACUGGGUUCCUACUCUUCUGGAGAAGAUCGCGACCGCCAUCUGGGGCAAAGUUCCCGCGUCAUUUGCGAAAUACGUCGAGGUCGUCAAGGCCACUCUCAUCUGGGCCAAGCUGAUGCUCUGUAUCGCUUGGGCUUGGAUUUCGCUCGGGGGCAUCAUUGGCAUCGAAUUCGGCGGCCAGAACGACCAGGUGCGACCGUCCUACUUCCAUUACGUCUUCCUCACGCUCCAAGCUCUCUUUGGCUCCAGCGUCAUCAUUUACGUUGAGAAGCUUUGUCUGCGCCUCAUCGCUACGAACUUCCACAAGACUGCCGUAGCGGAUCGCCUCGAGACCAAUCAGAAAGCUGUGAAAGCGCUCGACAAGCUCCACGAGAGUGAGUACGUCAAAGGCAGCCGGGACCAAAGUCGCCGAGCGACUGGCAACUGGGCGAGCAAAUUCGGAUUCGGAAGUCGUCCCGCCAGCCCUGGGCCCAACACGCCUGGCCAUCGACCCACCAAGAGUAGUGGGGGUCCUGGCGGCUACUUUGGUACCGCUGCCACACAGCCUGCCAGCUCCGGCUCUGGCACCAAGACCCCUCUUCAGCGCACGCACCGCAAAGACGGCAGUGGCAACAAGACACCGACGUUCGAUGUGCAAGCAGGAACAGGCCUGCACAGUGGCAGAAGGCCAAAUUUUGCAUCUCAACUCUCUGAAGCUCUCACAACGGCAGCAGGCAAGAAAAGUAGGCUCUUCCAAGGACGCAAGGCGCGCUCCCAGCAGUCGGCCCGCAAGCUAGCCCGAAAGCUGUUUUAUAAUUUGGGCCACCAUCGAGACUCUUUGGUUGCGGAAGAUUUUUAUCCUUACUUCAAGACCACGGAAGAGGCUCGCGAAGCAUUCGGCUUCUUUGACGCUGACAACAACGGCGACAUCUCCAAGGCGGAGAUGCGCGAUGCGGUGCAGCGCAUCUACCGCGAGAAGCGAGCCCUCGCGGUUUCGCUGCGAGAUAUGGGCUCAGCUGUCAGCAAGCUCGAUGGUGUGCUCAUGUUCCUCGGCCUCAUUAUCAUGGUGUUCAUCUGGCUGCUCAUUUUCAACCGCGACUCGACUGUGGCGAACAUUGUGCCCCUGUCAACAUUCGUCGUUGGCUUCUCGUUCGUUUUCGGAAACUCGGCCAAGACCAUCUUCGAGAGCAUGAUCUUCAUCUUCGCAACUCAUCCAUACGACGUCGGGGACCUCGUCUGCGUGGAUGAGAACUGGAUGUUCGUCGAGUCCUUCGGUAUGCUUUCCACCACCUUCCGUACGGUGACGAACCAGUACAUUGUCGCACCGAACGCGAUGCUCGCGUCACAAAAGUACAUUUUCAACUCGAGGCGUAGUGGUGCGACUUGGGAAGUCACAUUCAUCCAAGUCGGCUUCGACACUCUCAUCCAACUCAUCGACGAAUUUAGAGCGAAGAUGAGACAAUUUGUGAAGGAAAAUGAUCGCGAGUGGGGAGGAGGCUUGGAAGUCAAUUACGAUCAAAUCUCGAACCAAAACUCGGUGCAGCUGGUCAUUGCCAUGGAACACAAGGGCAACUGGCAGGAUUGGGGGGCCAGAUGGGCGCGCCGAACGAAACUCAUGCGCCACGUCAAGACUGUCUGCGAAGAGCUCGGCAUCGUCUAUUCGUUGCCUCCUCAGCCCGUCACUUUCCACCCCAGAUCUGGCAGAGCUCCAUUCCAGCCCACCAUGUCUGCAAAGACCAGCUUCAUGUCCCCUCGUGCUGCGCGAAUGCCCGGCUCAUCGGCAGCUGGCGCUGAAGGUGGCGGCGGCCAGGGAGGCGGGUCUUUCAUUCCCGUCGGCUUUACCCAACCAAAGAAGAAGGAGGACGAGUCUAGUUGAUCUGCCUCGUCCUUACACAUUGUUUACAAUAGAAAAAGCGACUGCUGUCGCUAGCGAGGGACGGCCGCUGUGCUGCCUCCCCCUCUCCCUCAUUCUCUCUUCUGCCCUCCCUCUCUCGUGCCUCUCUGCUUCGCCUCUAGAUCCUGUCUCCCGUCUCGUUUCCCUGAUCUCCUGCAUUACCUGAUCCUUCACCUUCAUUACGAAGGACCAUUCUCGCACGGCAUCUUCCAUCAGUCCACCCUCCCACUCUAUUGUCGGACGUCGCCAGCACACCCAGCCCUCCGCGACGCACCGCUUUGCCCCUCAACACGCUCCCACUUUUUGUACUGGCAUACCGCCGGUACCGCACAUUACACGUCUCACAAAGCAUCCCAAAGAAUCGAGAAUGGAGCACGAAAUGAAUGAAU